AUGAAUUCUACACGCAGAUAUGGGAAGUACAAAGUGGAGAGGGGAGUGCUGGAUGAGCAGAGACUGGAGGAGUUAACGCAGAGAAAAACAUACUCUGACGCUCACCCUCCUUUAACUGAACGACUUAAAAAUUCAUUAAGAUGUACAGUACCAAAACUGAAACGAAGUGUGGUGAGCAGCCUGCCUAUAUUAUACUGGCUGCCCAAAUACUCGGUUUGGGACUAUGGCAUGCCAGAUCUAGUCUCUGGCAUCAGUGUGGGUAUAAUGCAUCUUCCACAAGGCAUGGCAUAUGCAUUGUUGGCUUCUUUGCCUCCUGUAUUUGGGCUCUACACAUCCCUCUAUCCAGCACUGAUCUACUUCUUUUUUGGAACAUCACGUCAUAUUUCUAUAGGUACAUUUGCUGUGCUCAGCAUCAUGGUAGGUAGUGUGACAGAGAGACUUGCUCCAGAUGAUGCUUUCCAGAAAAACAACGUAACUGGAGAGGUGGACAUAACUGCUCGAGACUCGUACAGGGUGCAGGUUGCAGCUGCUACUACUGUCCUAGCAGGACUCAUUCAGAUGAUACUGGGUUUGGUGAAGUUUGGUUUUGUGGGAACAUAUUUGUCUGAACCUCUGGUUCGGGCUUACACAACAGCGGCUGCAGCCCAUGCUGUGGUUGCACAACUGAAAUACAUCUUUGGAGUGUCACCAACACGGUUUAGUGGUCCACUGUCACUGGUGUAUACUUUGAAGGAUGUUUGUUCCUUGCUGCCAAAGACUCAUCUACCCACACUUGUGGUCAGCGCUGUUUCCAUUGCCUUUCUAAUUGCAGCCAAGGAGCUCAACUCCUUCCUGAGUCCAAAGCUGCCAGUGCCCAUCCCAGUGGAGCUAAUCACAAUAGUGGCAGGAACGCUGAUAUCAAACUUUGCCCACUUGAACAGCAACUACACUGUUCCUGUUGUUGGAGAAAUUCCUAGUGGGCUAAGUCCUCCCGGGGUACCAGAUGUUAGCAUUGUUGGAGAAGUUAUUAGUGAUGCUUUUGCACUUGCCAUUGUAGGAUAUGCUAUAUCAAUUUCACUUGGAAAAACAUUUGCACUGAAGCAUGGAUACAAAGUGGACAGUAAUCAGGAGCUGGUGGCACUGGGUCUUAGUAAUGUAGUGGGAGGCUUCUUCCAGUGCUACGCUGUAUGCUCCUCCAUGUCUCGAAGUCUGAUCCAGGAGACCACUGGAGGAAAAACACAGAUGGCUGGAGUGGCCUCGGCUGUAAUUGUGCUGGUGACAAUACUGAAACUUGGCUCUCUUUUCCAGGAGCUGCCAAAGGCCGUCCUUGCAUCAAUCGUCUUUGUAAAUCUGAAGGGUAUGUUCAAGCAGUAUGCUGACAUUGUUACACUGUGGAGGAGCAGCAAGAUUGAUCUGGUGGUGUGGUUGGUCACUUGGGUGUCGACCCUGCUCUUCAAUUUGGAUAUGGGUCUUGCAGCAGCCAUUUCUUUUGCAUUGCUUACUGUCAUCAUCAGAACUCAGCUGCCAACAUACUCUGUUCUGGGAAAUGUUCCAGGUACAGAGCUGUAUGUGGAUAUAGAGACCCACAGAGAGGCGAGACAGGUUCCAGGUGUUACUAUAUUCCGCUCCUCUGCUACAGUAUAUUUUGCUAAUGCUGAUCUCUACCUUGAAGCCCUGAAAGAGAAGAGUGGGCUUGACAUCAGUAAAAUGAUUAUCUAUAAGAGAAGGCAGGAGGCCAAGCAGAAACGUAGAGAGAAGAGGGCAGAGAGACGAGCAAAAAGGCAAGCCAAGAGAGAGCGACGGGCUCAGAGAGCGGCGGCUGCACAGCUGUCUGGACCACCGGUGUUCUCUGUGGAGGAGGAGGCUGGUGACUGGAGGGACACAUGCAUGGACAGGAAUGUUACAGAUAAGGAGGAGCAGGGCUGGACUGAGAGGGAGAACGGAACAGUGUUUGUCAUACCAACUACGCCCCGAACACCAGAUGGACACAGCAGAUGGGAAUACCUGAAAGGAGGAGAUCCGGACAGCACAAGUAUAGGGUGGAUGUCUGAGCUGCAGGACGGAGACUCCGCUACUCUGGGCUCCAGCAGUGAGGACACCCUGAGUCAUGACCUGGAGCGCAUCUCUCUCGGGUCCCUGGGCAAGUGGACCUGGGACAUUCACUCAAUCAUUCUCGACCUCUCCACGGCUAACUUCAUUGACACGGUGGCUAUUAAAACUAUGAAAAAUAUUUUCCAGGACUUCAGUGAGAUUGAUGUAGAUAUCUACAUGACUGGUUGUCAGGCGUCUGUGGUGGAGCAGUUGGAGCUUGGUAACUUCUUCUCCGAGUCAAUAACAAAGAGAAAUCUUUUUGCUUCCGUCCAUGAUGCUGUACUCUACUGUCUGGACCAUCGUGGAGCUUCAUCUUUCCCCAGAUAUGAGCCAUUAAUGGUGCGUAUGUUGCUCAGGUGA